UUUCCCUGUAUAAUCCCUUAACAUGUUCAUUGCUAUUCGACUUUGUGGAAGUUAAAUUUUAUUUUUAAAUUCAUUUAUUUGAUCUAUUUUUGGAUGGAAAUGGAAUAAAAGUAGGGUUUUUGUUCUUCCUCUGCGCGAAUUUCUUGUAAGAUAAGCCGUCAGUUCGUCCAAUAUUUAACAUUUUCCCUUUUUUUAAAAAUGUUUAUGGUUAUUAACUGUCAUGUUCUUUUUGUUUAAUCAGAAAUUGCAAUUCUAUAUUGCUAAAGAUAAGGUCAGCUUUAUGUAUACAAUGAAAUGAACUGUACAAAUCGGGCGCAGCAGUUCAUUAUUUUCCUUGCCUCGCAAAGGACAUGAAGAACCAUAUCCAACAAAAGGAAAUGUUAUCAGCUCAAGACCAUGUUGCUGAAGAAUACUCCGGGUAAAGAUGUUUUCCAGCUGUUUGCUGAAAAGGUUAGAGACAAUAAAAAGUUGGAAUCAAGAUGGGCCAUCAUGCAAGAAACAAGAGUUGAGUACUUUAGAGGCAAAGACUUUACAGUCUUUUUGAGAAAUUAUCCAGAGGUCAAGGAAAUUCUUGCUUAUGAUAAGGAUCUAGAAGUAGCAGAUAUCAUAAAUACACUAUUAAUCAAAAACCUUUUGGUGAGAUGUGAUCGUGUGCUUAAAACGGUUAGGCCUGGGAAGAAAAAGUUGUCCUCAUGGCCUGCUCAUCUUGAGAUUCAUUCUGAACAAGUAUUCUCUGAAAAUGAUGGUUUUUUUGCAUGGACUUUCAUGAAAAGGCGGACCCUGUGGCAAACAAUUCUUUCGUUUCUUUGGCCACUUGUUGCACUAGCGGUGUGCCUAUUUCCUGUAUACCCUUACCAAUGCAAGAUUGUUGUUCUAUACGCCUGUGCUGGAGCUUUGUUGUUCUUGGUUACACUGCUGCUUAUUCGAGGAGCUAUCUUUGGCAUUCUAUACAUUAUUUUGGGAAAGCGCAUCUGGUUUUUCCCCAAUAUAAAUGCUGAGGAAACAACAUUUAGAGAGCUAAUCCGAUUUUGGCCAAAGAAGGAUGAAGAAGAGCCCCCAAAAUGGACAUCAAGGGUUACAUUUGCCAUUGGGACUGCGUUGAUUGUGGUUUUGCUUCGGCAUCAUGCUCCCAACGAGGCUGCUAGAGCUAGAUACCAGAAGAAGGUUUACAACAUUAUCGAUGAUGUCCUCGAGUGGUCUCCAAAGCUAGCAUUAUCGGGGAUGAUGGAGAAGCAACACCCUCUUGUUAACGGAACAGAGACAAACUUUACAAAAGAAGAGAAUCAAUCAGCCAAUACUGAAGAUUUGGUUCAAGAGGCUGAUCGAGAUUCAGCUCAAGUUUAGUAAUACAGGAUUACAAUUAUCCAAAUUUUGCUUCCUCAUCUUCUGAAUCUUGAAUUUUGAAUGAAGAAUUUUGUGGGUUCAGGAAGCUGAUCGAGAAUCUUGAAGUACAUUUGCUACAAUAUUUGAUUAAUAUCAAGUCUUUUACUUUUGAUGA